AUGAUCAAUCCAUUGACAGGCGAAGAAACAAACAGAAAGGUCAGCUCUAUGAACUUCUACGCGUACCGUUUUAUGAUAAGGCAAGAUGCUGAUAAUCAUUUACUGCGGUAUCGGCGUUUAUUUCAACAAUUUGCCGUCGACAUGUAUGUCAAAAUCGAGACAGAACGUUUGAACUUUAUCCGGUUCAAUCAGGCUAAACUGCGGUCUGAGGAGUACGUUCAUUUAAGAGAUGCCGUAAGUUCGGAAGGAAAUGUCAACAAUAUUGGUCGAUUGACAAUUCUUCCAUCUACAUAUGUUGGAAGUCCACGGCAUAUGCAAGAAUAUUCCCAAGAUGCCAUGACGUAUGUCAGGUAUUACGGCCGCCCGGACCUUUUCAUAACGUUAAACGGUCAAACAGCAAGCGAUAGGCACGACAUAACCGCACGGGUAUUCCGGCAGAAGCAAAAAAGUCUCAUGGAUUUCAUAGUUAAGCAGAGCGUGUUCGGUGAAGUAAGGUGCUGGAUGUACUCCAUCGAAUGGCAGAAACGAGAGAUUCCUGAUGCAGCUAUUGAUUCGGAACUUAUUGAAAUUGUUAAAACACAUAUGGUUCACGGUCCUUGCGGUCAACACAAUUCGGGAUCGCCGUGUAUGGUUGGAGAGAAGUGUACAAAACGAUAUCCACGUCCAUUGCUCGCGGAAACUAUUUCCGGACACGAUGGAUAUCCCUUAUACCGGCGUCGUUCGCCCGAGGACAAUGGCAAAUCCCUUACAAUGAAGGUACAAGGAAUUGACGUUGUGGUUGACAAUAGCUGGAUUGUACCCUAUUCACCGUUGCUUUCUAAAGCCUUCAAAAGUCAUUGCAAUGUUGAAUUAUGUAACUCAAUCAAAUCGAUUAAGUAUGUUUGCAAAUACGUGAAUAAGGGCAGCGACAUGGCAGUUUUUGGAAUUGCUGCUCCAGAUGCCAGCGACGAAGUGACACAAUACCAAAUGGGCCGUUACGUCAGUUGUAACGAAGCGAUUUGGAGGAUCUUUGCAUUCCCGAUUCAUGAACGUCACCCGACUGUCGUCCAUUUAGAAAAUGGACAACGUGUAUAUUUCACGGAAACAAAUGCAGCUAGAAGAGCAGAACGAGUCCCAAACACGACAUUGAGAAGUUAUUUUACCAUCUGCCAGAACGAUCCAUUCGCCAGAACGCUUCUAUACUCCGAAGUGCCACGCUACUAUACUUGGAAUAAGUCGUCGAGAAACUUCCAGCGCAGAAAGCAAGGACAAGUAGUUGCAGGAUAUGCCGACGUCUUUUCCACCGACGCACUUGGGCGAAUGUAUACUGUACAUCCAAAAAACGAUGAGUGCUUUUACCUAAGAUUGCUUUUGGUCAAUGUUUGUGGUCCAACAUCGUUUGAAUCGCUUCGGACUGUGGAUGGUAUGCUAUGUGCGACAUAUCGAGAAGCCUGUCAUCGGUUGCAACUGAUUGAAGACGACAGUCAUUGGGAUUUAGCGCUUGCCGACGCGGUUCUUACUGCACCAGCGAAUCAAAUACGCACGCUGUUUGCGAUUAUUAUUUCUACAUGCUUCCCUUCAAACCCUGUCGAAUUAUGGAACAAAUUCAAAGACGAUAUGGCCGACGAUAUUUUGUAUCGAUUUCGUACGGUAAAUCACGAACAGGAAAUGAACGAUGAAAUUCGCAACGAGGCUUUGAUUAUGAUCGAAGACGCGUGUCUGCUCAUGUGUGGCAGUUUGUUGAGCAAACUGGGGAUGCCGGCUCCCAAUCGAACAAUGCAUGAUGCAUUCAAUCGUGAGAUUGAGCGCGAGCGAGCAUAUGAUCAAGACGCGUUGGCCCAAGUAGUCCAAACGAAUAUUCCUUUGUUGAAUCACCAGCAGAAGGACGUAUACGAUACAUUGAUGAGAGCGAUUGAUGACGGCAAUGGUGGCAUUUUCUUCAUCGAUGCGCCUGGUGGAACUGGCAAAACCUUCCUUAUUUCAUUACUGUUGGCUUCAAUUCGUUCAAGACCUGACAUUGCCCUGGCGGUUGCCUCAUCGGGCAUUGCAGCCACAAUGUUGGAAGGUGGCCGAACUGCUCAUUCUGCAUUCAAAUUGCCAUUGAAUCUACAGAUGACCGAGGAACCAACAUGUAAUAUUUCGAAGAAUUCAUCAAUGGCGAAAUUGCUGCAGAGUUGCAAGAUUAUUAUCUGGGACGAAUGUACAAUGGCACAUAAAAGAGCAUUAGAGGCACUCGAUCGAACUAUGAAGGAUCUUCGAAAUCAUACAGGACAUUUUGGAGGCGCCAUGAUUCUACUAGCAGGUUUGAGAUUAUCGACAAACGCUUCCUGCCGCCCGCGGUCAACGGCAGCUGAUGAGAUAAAUGCUUGCCUUAAACUUUCGUAUUUGUGGCGUUACGUAACGACGCUGUGGUUAACGACAAAUAUGCGAGUUGCGCUUCAAAACGAUUCGUCCGCAGAAAUCUUUUCGAAACAAUUAUUGACUAUUGGCAAUGGAGAAGUACCAGUAGACGUUUCGACAGGAUUAAUUUCAUUCCCGCAAGGUUUUUGUUCUUUCGUAUCGACAAAAGAGGAACUCAUUGCAAAUGUGUUUCCGAAUAUCGUUCAAAACCAUGACAACGUUCGAGGAACACCAAGCCCCGUGCCGUCACCGCGCCGUAAUAGACGUCCGAUAAUUACUGCACCCACCGUCCCACCAAAUUUGCCAACGAAUUCUUCGCCUGAAGUAUCACCGCGCCGUAAAAGACGUCCGAGAAUUACUGUACCUGCCGUCCCAUCAAAUUUGCCAACGAAUCAUAACGGAAACAUGACGCCUUCAGUGCCACCUGUCUCCCCACAAGCGACGUUUGCCUAUCCGUUUCCCAACCCGUACGUCACACCGUUUGCUGCCCCAUGCUGCCAUCGCGCUCCAACGGCUCCCACGGCUCCCACGGCGUUUGAUUACCCGGUAAUUUUCGUUCUGCCCGUCGAGUUGAACAGAGUUAGCUGCUCUUCGAUCGGUGAUUGGACCCCACCAGUGGUAAUCCAACACCGAUAUCGAAUAGCAGUUUUGUUCAGCAUCAAGUGUAGUGGCAUGAACCAGCCAGAGACAGCAAGCAGCGCAGAUGACCAGCGGCAGAGAACUCCAGUGGCGGAGAGUAGUUUCGUUGCUGCUGUGCGCCCUGGGUACACGUUAAAUGAAUGGCGCCGGAUACAGACAGAGCUGCUUGGAGUUCCCGUUCGCAAGCUGCGUUGCGUGCAAAAAUGCUCUGAUGGCAGCUGGUCGCUGAAUCGGUGUGCAUAG